AUGCUAUCAUUAUGUUGGCUCACGCCAUUCGUCAAAGCAGACGAAACUACAGAGACAAACUGCACUUACGUCCACAAUCUCACCUCCGAAGAAGACUAUUACAUUUACAAUCCCGAAUUUCCGAAACCAUAUCGAGGACCACAGUCAUGCUCGUGGACAAUAAACAGCGACUAUCGCGUUAACGUGGUUUGCAAGCUAUUCGAAUUACCGUCGGGCUUCCGUUGUUUGUUAGAUAACUUGACCGUCGAAGCUAGUUCUAAUAGUAUACAUAGAUUUUGUGGCAAUGAUGCGGUCAAUGUUACAUCCGAUGGACCCACAAUGGUAGUGAAGCUAUUUGCAUCUGUAUGGUCGACGGGUGGUCGAUUCCUCUGCGAUGUAAUGGCGGUUAAAAAACCGUCGGAUGCUGAGGGUUGUGAGUGUGGAUGGCGGAAUCCUAACAAAAUCGUCGGCGGAAUGGACGCAGGAGUGAACGAAUUCCCCAUGAUGGCGGGCCUAGUCGAUUUCAGGCAGCGUAACAUAACUUGUGGCUCCACAAUAAUAUCAAACAGAUACGCAACCACAGCGGCUCAUUGUUUCAAAAACGGGACAGAGCCUAGAGAUUAUGGUCUUCUCGUAGGCGAUCAUGACUUGCGCACAGGCACGGAUACAAAUGCCACUGUAUUGCAUAGACUGAGGAGUAUUACCAUACACCCUGACUACCGCAAAAAUCCGGACGUAAAUGAUAUAGCUAUUGUAAAAGCGGAACUGGAAAUAAAGUUUAGCAACCAGGUUGGACCAGCUUGUUUACCGUUCCAACACUCGCCGGACACGUUUGGAGGAAGUUACGUUGAACUAUUGGGUUGGGGUUUGACGGAGUUCGGCGGUCUACCACCCACAGUCCUCCAAAAAGUUAGCCUAAGUGUACUGACCAACCUAGAAUGUUCUAAAACAUACCAGAACGUAACCUCGUCCCGACUUUGCACUUACGGCCAAGGCAAAGACAGCUGUCAGAUGGACAGCGGUGGGCCAGUUCUGUGGCAGAAUCCUACCAGCAGACGACUUGUACUUAUAGGAGUGAUCAAUCAGGGUAUCGAUUGCGGUAUUUUCCCGAGUUUGAAUAUGAGGGUCGGUGCUUACACUGAUUGGAUCGUUUCGGUUACUUCAGAUGCCUCGUAUUGCAUCAGUGAGUAA